UAGACAAAAGUUUUCUCAUAUUUCUUCACAAUAUCAGGAAAACUUUAAUACAAAUUUAUAUAUUUUAAAGAGAGAUAUUAGUAAAGAUUUAGAAGAUGUUGGCAUAGAUUCUUCUAAAGAAUCAAAUAAUUUAAAAGAAAUUAAUUUGGAUUUUCUAGAAGAAUCUGAUUAUAAUCAAGAGAACAAUAACAAUUUUUCUGAAGAAUUUAUUAAUAUUCAGCAUUUUAGAUCUUGGAGACAUAAUCUUCCUCUUAUACCAAUAUAUUCAAGAACUAUUAAUAUUUCAGCUAAAAAAACUUCAUCAAAUUCUAAAAAUACUAAAGAUGCUUAUUACCUAUCUAUUAAUAAUAUUAUUUGGCAUAUACUAAAUAAUUCAACUUUAAUAAAACAUAUAUACUUUGGAUCUGAUCAAGAAGUUACCAAUAAAUCAGAAUAUUAG